CGCUAUUCACCCCCCCUCUAGCGUUGGUCUAUUAUUCUAACAAUUGGUAUCAGAGCCUAACUCGCGUCCAAACUUAACCGUUUGAGAGUAAAGCGAUCAUGGGUUCUUCUUCUAGAAAUCUUUAUGCAGGAAUUGGAGAAGGUCAAUCAACCUCUAGGCCACCGCUCUUUGAUGGCACCAACUACACAUAUUGGAAAGAGCGGAUGAGAAUUUAUAUCCGCUCAACCAACUUUCAGUUGUGGUUGGUCAUCAAGAAUGGCGAGGAAAUUCCAAUGAAGAAGGUCGGUGAAAAACUUGUCCCAAAGACCGAGGACGAAUUUGAUGCUGAGGACAUCAAAAAGGUGGAGAACUACGCCAAGGCAAUCAACAUGUUGUACUGUGCUGUCAAUCCUGAUGACUAUCGCAAGAUCUCUUGCUGCACCACUGCAAAAGAAAUGUGGGACAAGCUAGAGGUCACAUAUGAAGGUACGGACCAAGUUCGGGAAGCCAAAAUUGACUUCCUAACGCAGGAGUACGAGAUGUUCAGGAUGAAGGAAGGCGAAAAGAUCGAUGACAUGUUCGAUCGGUUCUCAAAGAUCAUCAACGACCUUCAUGCACUCAAGAAGACUUACGCCAACAAGGAUCUUGUGAGAAAAAUCCUGCGAAGUCUCACACCCGAAUGGAGAUCAAAGGCAGAUGCAAUCUAUGAAUCCAUCGGAGUCUCAAAUGUCACCAUCGACGGGCUGAGAGGUAACCUCAAAACUUAUGAAUCUACUAUUCUAACCCCGUCUUUGGAUGAACAAAAGAAGAAGGGAAUAGCACUGAAAGUAACCAAGGAGACCGUGGAAGAAGACUCAAGCGAUAAUGACAAUAAGUUCGGUCUCGUCAUCAAGAAAUUCCACAAAUUUAUGAAGAAGGAAUUUGAGCGCAAAGGAAGAAAGCACGACGGUCCCCCAAAGUGCUAUGGCUGUGGCGAGAUAGGCCACAUCAUGCCAAGAUGUCCAAAAGGCAAAAGCAGCAAGGACAAACCUGGUUUCAAAAAGCAACGAGCCUAUAUCUCAUGGGGUGGCGAAUCCGGCGACGAGUCAACUGAUCAAGAAGAGGAGGAAGCCACCAACCUCUGCCUCAUGGCGCAUGAAGAUCAAACCGACGACAUUCAAGAGUCAACAAUGACGGGUGGAAAGUCCAAGAGCAAAGCUUCCAAGAAGAAGGUCACCGCCGAGGCCACAACCUCUGCGCCUCAACCCUUCCCAUACCUGGACGGAUCCUUCUUGGAGUUCGGCUCAGAGGAAGAACUCACUCGCUUCAUAACCCACUUCGCCAAACGCCGCAUCUCACCACCAAGGGUGCUGCCCGAGUUGUUCCCUCAGCAGAAGGGAUACCACGACCUCGACGAUCAACUCAAGGAGUCGGGUUUGUGGCCCUUCGUCUCCAAGAGCCGCACCUCGUUCAAUCCCGCCUAUGUCCGGGCCUUCUACUCCAAUUUCCGCCGAGACGGGGACACCAUCUGGAGCAGCAUCAAUCUCUAUCACUUAGAGUUUGAUUUGGCUACCUUUGCUCGGGUCGCAGGCUUGCCCACUCGCGGUGACGACAUCGCAACUUAUGGUGGCGAUGAUUGGAUUCUAAACAACGAGGCGGUGGUCAUCCAAGAGCUUGGAAUCACCAACCUCGUCCGUCACAGCGGCGCACCAACCAUCCACUCCGCCCCACCGGAAAAGCGUCUUCUCCUAUACAUCCUCACUCGGAUUCUUCGCCCCCGGGACAGUAGCCACACCAGUCUCUCCAACGAGGAUCUCAAGGCGGUUCAUGCUAUCAUCCAUGGCGCCUCGAUCAAUUGGGAAAAAUACGUCAUUAUUCACAUGGCGGAUUGCGCCUCCAUCACCACCAAGCGGAGCUUGCCAUACGCCUUCCUCGUCAUGGACCUCAUUGUUGCCUCCGACAUCCAUAUCGCCGGCCCGGACACAAAGAUGACGAAGAUUUGGAUCAUCCAAGACAACACCUUCCGGAAGAAGUCCGGUGACGAAACCGGCACAGGACCAAGUCGAGCUCCAACCCCCGCUCCCGCCAAGGCCUCCUUACAGUCCAUAGCCGAUACCCUGAAUCGGCUAACCAUCACCGUGGAUGGCAUGGGCCAGUACCUGGAAAGGAUGGACUGGUCGCUGCAGCGCCAACACCACGACAUGAGGGCGUACUUCCGCGGCAUCAACUACGUCCCGCCGCCCUUUGACAACACCUUCCUCGGUCAAAACUAUGAAGGCGAGGACGAGGAGGAUGACUCCUAUGCUCCGUCUUCCUCCCCCGACGAGGCCGACUUUGAGGACGCGGUCGACGGGGAUCCCAUGGACGUCGAGGACGACAAAGAAGACGAUGACGCCGAGGACGAGGACGCCGCUGCCUAGACUCUUCUCUCUCUCCUUUCCCUACUUUAAUUGCAUUUUUUAUUUCAAUUCCGUUGUACUCCGCAUUUUCUCCGUUAUUAAUGAAUAAAAGUUCACUUUUAAAUUCUAAAGUUUACUUUUAAUUCUUUUUGUUAAUGUCAAAAGGGGGAAGAUAUCCAGGUUAUGCAUAAAUUGAGGGGGAAUUU